AUGGCGUCCGAAGUAAACGAAUGGUACAAAGGAAGAAAGGUGUUCGUGACGGGGGCUUUAGGUCUCAUGGGGAAGGUUUUGAUAGAAAAGUUAUUAUACAGUGUACCGGAUAUAGGCUGCGUGUACGCACUUGUGCGAAGUAAACGUGGCAAGUCACCGGAAAAGAGGAUCGAGGAAAUGUGGCAAUUGCCUUUGUUUACAAGGAUAAGAGAAGAGAAGCCUCAUGUUAUGAAGAAACUGAUCGCAGUAUCUGGUGAUAUUCAGUACGAUGAUUUGGGAAUUAAUAAUAAACAGACUGAGGAAAUAUAUAAUGAGGUAUCAGUAGUGUUUCAUUUCGCUGCUACUCUACGUCUAGAGGCACCCCUAAAGGAAGGUCUUGAAAUGAAUACAAAAGGAACUCUUCGUGUUUUGGAGAUAGCGAAGAAAAUGAGAAAACUGGCAGCCUUCAUUCACCUCUCAACCGCUUUCUGUUACCCGGAUUAUGAAAGAAUGGCUGAAGCGGUUCAUCCACCACCAACUGAUCCUCAUGAAGUUCUACGUGCUGCGAGCUGGAUGACAAACGAACAGCUGAACGUCCUAGCACCGACUUUGAUGCAAAAACAUCCAAAUUCCUACACAUACUCGAAGCGACUGGCCGAAGCUCUUGUUAAAGAAUGUUACCCUGAAAUACCAGCAGUGGUAGUCCGCCCUAGCAUUGUCACGCCAUCGUACAAAGAACCAAACCCAGGUUGGGUAGACAACCUGAAUGGUCCAAUAGGAUUAAUGAUAGGAGCUGGAAAGGGUGUCAUCAGAUCAAUGCAUUGCUACGGACACUAUCACGCGGAAGUUAUACCAGUGGACAUCGCUAUCAACGCAAUUAUUGUUAUUCCUUACUAUAUCAACACCCAAAUGGAAAGGUCACAAGAAAUACCUGUGUUCAAUCUAACUACAGGUGAUGAUAGGAACAAUACAUGGAAAGAGGUUCUCGACGUGGGAAAGGCGACGGUCAGAAAAUAUCCUUUCGAAAUGCCAUUAUGGUAUCCAGAUGGGAACAUACGACACAGCAAGCUGAUUCACGAGCUCUGUGUCUUCUUCUAUCAUAUUGUUCCCGCGUAUCUAAUAGACUUCCUGAUGCUUAUCUUUGGCCAGCAGAGAUUCAUGGUUCGAAUACAGAAGCGAAUUUCUGUCGGACUUGAAGUUCUACAGUAUUUUACAACGAGAGAAUGGUGGUUCGACACAAACAACUUCAAAGAUUUAGCGAAAAAGUUACACGGAGCAGACUUCACAACUUUCCCAAUGGAUUUAAAAAUUAUCGAAAUCGGUCCAUACAUAGAAAGUUGUAUGAUAGGCGGCAAACUAUAUUGUUUGAAGGAAAAGUUAGAAAAUCUCCCGAAAGCAAAACUACAUAAUAAUAUAUUAUUCGUUUUGGAUUUUCUUGCUAGUGUAUUCUUCUAUUUAUUAUUGGUAUACUGGCUGGUUCUAUUAUUUGAACCUGUUCGUGAAAUUCUGAGUUACUGUGGGCCAUUCGUGAGGUAUCUGCCUCUCGUCGGAAAGGCGGUGUUCCGAGAUGAUUAA